AUGGCCAAGGAAAGCUUCAACCAUAUCAAGCACUACCUCAAGCUCGUCAACGAGCUCCGCAAACCCAAGCCAGCGAACGACUCCAAAGAGUCCUCGCUCAAGGACCGAGUCAGUUCAUUCAAAUUGAAAGUGACGCCCUCAAAGGCGGAUGAGCACUCUGGCUAUGGCUUGAAGCGGGUGCCAACUCCCUACCCGCUCUUGACGCGCAACUGA